AUUCAAGUGAAUCAAAUGAGGCUGUUUGUAAUCACACUCUGUUUGCUGCAGACUCCGAGUCUGAUAGUAGCGGUAGUCAGAGGCUUCCAGGCAAAACCGAAGCAGUUGCCCUACCAGGCAUCUUUAAAGUGCUAUUUUGACAACUCAAAUGAUAAGCCCCAUUGGCAUGGCGGCACCAUCAUCUCGCCGCGUUGGAUAUUGACAGCCGCCCACUGUCUGCAACAACCAAAAAUCGACCUUGUUAAGGUGAUUGUCACUGUGGGCGUUGUGAAUAAGACAAAUAGAGAGGAACCGGGCUUCGUAGAGAUGGUGGUCAACAAAGAGGAUACCAUUCCGCAUGAUCAAUUUAAUCCCAAGACGUUGGAAAAUGAUAUGGGACUGAUCAAGCUGCCCAAUGAUCUUACGCUAAAUGCUUAUGUCAAGGCCGCCUAUUUGUCCAAACAGAUGGUUUAUGAUGUCUAUGAUUGGUUUAGUGGUCGCGUCGGCAUCAUGUCCGGUUGGGGCUUGACAGGCAGUGGUCGACCCACAAAUAUGUUGCAAUAUGGCCAUGCCGGCAUACUACACAAUAUCAGAUGCAGGCUUAUUUGGCAAAGCCAAAUGCGCAAAACAAUACUGGACACCUUCAUGUGCAUCAGUUUCAGGCAUUCAGGGCCAUGUCGUGGCGACUCUGGUGGUCCUCUAAUAUUAGAAGGCUCAAACCGAACCCUAAUCGGAGUAUUCUCACACGGCUUCGAUCCCGCCUGCCGAAUACGAAUGCCCGAUAUAUUUACACGUGUCUCCUACUUCGUUGAUUGGAUUGAGGAACACACGGGCCCCCUCUAAGAGGUUAUAUAAGAGUUAUGUACUUCAAUUUGGAAUACAAAUUCUGGUUUUAUAUCAACAAAA